AAAAGCUCGAUUUAUUCGGAAGUCGCUCCCGGGAAAUAGCAGCACCAGCUCAAUCACUCAUCGGCCCUCAAAAUCGCCCCCUCCGACUUCGAGGGGGAAAAAGUGUUUCGCAAACUAGCAAACUAGUUGUUGAGCCGCAUUCUCGUGCACUUCCUGUGUCGGAUUGGUGCCCGCCUAAAGUUAGUCAAUUUAUGUUAUUUUGCGUGCAAGUGAAAAGGGGUUGAUCGUGUCGGAGAUAGCAUUGCUUGCCAGUUUUCCUAGGGUGUUUUCAACUGAGGACUGUGGCUGCGGAAAUUCAGCGAAACUUGUUAUCUGAUAAGUGUGAUGUUAUUGUUGUGUCUGUUUCCAGUGCAUAAUUGCAGUGCGAUGAAAUAGUGAAAAAUGAAACAAAUUUGGAAAUAGUGGAAGCAUAAAUUUUAAACACGGAAGUACAAGGGUCACCGUUGAAAACGGUGGCUUGAAACUUCAUUUGAAAUAGUGUAUCUAGUAUUGGCGUGCAACUGUGCGAAAUUGCGCCGUUGAUGGUUUUUGAUUGAGUGUAUUGGCGCAUUGGAAAACUUAAAAUAAAAUUCAUAAUGUCGAAGCUGAAACUAAUUGGCGGGAGGCCAAUCACCAUGGACGAGGCCAUUGAACUUCGCCAAACAGUAUUCGGUUCCGCAGCAAGUCCACCGCGAGGUGAAUGGACCCGCACGGGAAUCAACUUCGGCGCUGUCAACGGAGAAUACCCUUACGGACUGCGAACGCCUCGAAACGCCACCCGUGGAAUGCAAUCGGUACUGCAAGCCUUUAUCAUUAAACAUUUUAUAUUCGAUAAUAAGCCUAGAGAGAAGUCUGUCCCAUUGGAAGAUCUGCUGAAGCCCACGGAAGCAGAACAGGCACAGGCAUUGUAUCUGGCAAUUUCGGACAUUCUGUGGAACAUUGGUGAGAAGACCAAAGCACUGAUUGUACUUCCCGGGGAAGCCUCGCACAUUCCACACAGUCACGUUUACUUCCAGGAUAACGUGACGGAGAAGUUGUACUUCUUCGAGUUCACUAAACUGGACGAGAUGCAGAUCUUCAUGAAGCGUUACCUACCUUACUUUACAGAAAAUCCAGGUCCAGGAGCACUGCUAUUGCUGUACAGUGCAGUCAUGACACGUGGAAUGGAAAACUUGCGAACCGAUUUGGAUGCUCCGAAGGGAGCACAUUUGAUGGGACCGCAUGAGGAAGGGUCUCUAAAUGUAGUCACAUUACUGCUGACAGGACGGGCAACGCCUUACUUACACAAUGGCGUCGUUUACGUGGGCGAUGAAGAUCACUAUGCUCUACCACAAUUCGGUAUUCUCGGUCGUGGCGCGAUUGGGCUGCUCAUAUGGGAAGGUGAAAACGAAGCAAUGCGUUCGGCCUCUCGUCAACCAGGAUCUCGUUUGAAGACACCGGCCACCCCGGUUUGGGUUAGCUGCUGCUGCGGUCAUUAUGGAGUGCUCUUUAACUCCAACCGUGAAUUGUUGAGAAAUUAUCAUGCCGAAAAGCGGUUCGAGUUACACUAUUACACCUGUGCCGGCUGUUACCUCUCGAUGACGGUGGACAACAGGCAGCAGGACGAAGGAGCGGACGAUGGAGACCAGGACGGCGAACGGAAACAAAAUGAUAUGGUUUCAUCUCCGCUGGAACGAUUGAUUCACACUAAAUGGAUGGAGGCGAAGAUCGCCUAUCACGGAGCGAUACCAGCUUCUUUGAAUUUCUAAUAUUCCGCUUUUCGAAAAUACAUAUCCUACUCUAACAUAAACCCAACUAUUGUCGCCUCCAACAGAAUUCCGAACAAACGGUUUAACCUGGCAGGUAAAAUAAAAAAGACAAAAAUGCACAAGUACGAAACAGCCACAAAUUAUGCUGCAUGUUCUCAUCUGUUGAGUAUUACAUUACUUGACACCAGAGUUUUUGUUGAUUAGCAUACACUAUGUGAACCUAGCUGCUGCGUAACAGCAGAAGCUACAUAAUUCCCGUUUUAAAGUGAAGACAUAAACAACAUGCGGCCGCUAGAAGCAUAGCGCAAAUAAAAGUUACAUUAGCCGA